AUGACGGUCAACUUUUUCACGACGUUAUCGAGCGACUUCUCAAAAUUACUUGACAUAACGGACUUUCGUGAUUCCAUUAUACAAGUCGGGGAUCACAAUAAUACUAAAUCUUUUGAAGCUCAUUCGAUAAUAUUAUUUGGAAGGUGUGAUUACUUUAGGGCGGCGUUAUCGCAUGGUUGGACGAAGAAGGUCGAUGAUAAAUUUCAUUUUAACCUAGUGGACUUGAAUAUAACUCAUGACGCAUUUGGCGUUAUACUCAAGUAUAUGUAUAGUGGAACGUUUUUCCUGGAACAUGAUAAUGACUUGAACAUGUUAUUACAACUUUUAAUAGCAACGGACAUUUUGCUUCUCAAGGAGUUAUUCGAUUUCAUCGAGGAACAAAUAAUUAAUCACAAAUCGAUGUGGAUAAAAAGUGAUUUCAACUCAAUUCUACAGAUGAUGCUUCAGGUCCCAGCUGCAUCAAAGUUAAAUUUAUGUUGCCAAGAAAUAAUUGCAGAUCAACCAUCAUUAUUUUUUGAAUCACCAGAGUUUCUCCAUACUGAGGAGGACGUGCUUAUACACGUGUUGGAAUCGGAAGCGCUUGGAAUGGAAGAAAUUAGAAUUUGGGAACGUGUCAUUGAUUGGGGUAUUUCCAAUACCCCGUCUCUUAACCAGACAUCAGUGUCAAAUUUCUCGACGAAACAAUUUAAAGCUUUACAAUCAACCUUGGAAAACAUUUUACCAUUGAUUAGAUUCUUUAGCAUUUCUCCGAAGGACUUGGAACAAAAAGUUGGACCAUUUCGACAAAUAUUACCUCGCAAAGAUCUUAUGGAUCAAAUUCACUUUUACUAUGAUAUUUCUAAUUUUCGACCUUCAACUUGUGUCAUCUUACCACCACAUAGUCCAUCUCUCGAUUCAACAUUGAUCAAUCGUGAGAUGGCCGGAUUGAUAGCAACGUGGAUCGAUAAAAGAGACUUAUUGCCGGACGAUGGUGAAUGUGGUGGGGAUGUAAAUAAGGAACCUUAUAACGGGAUAAAUAUGCCAUAUAACUUUAAAUUACUAUAUCGGCAUAGACCUCAUGGUCCGCCACCGAGCAUAAUUCAUCAUAAUGGCGCGACCAUCAUAGUGAUGAGGAUGAAAUACACAGGAGGCUUGAUCGGAGGAUAUAAUCCAGUCGAUUGGUCUUCGUAUCGUAAUUCAUCGUCUAGAAAAGAUGGUGGAAUUGAAUAUUUUGAUACUGAAGAGAGCUUUCUAUUUUCAUUUACUAGCAACGAUAAGUGUGAGACAAAGGUGCUCGUGGAAGAUAGGUCGACCCAACAAGCUACUAACCAAAAUCAGAUUCCACCACCAAUUCGUGCCACUAUCCAAUAUUACGCAAGUGAUGGUUCAUUUCUCCCAGCCACUAAUACAGUUACACAAAGUAGCAAUAGUUAUCGUAGGGACAAUAACAAUACCAAGUAUAAUGCAACAUUAAGUCGGGUGAAAAAAGGUUGUUCUGAAUCUGCAGUCGGAUUUGGCUGCCGGGGACCUAUUUUUGGCCAGACAGAUUUAUGUAUACAUCACAGGCCGGGUAGAAGGUAUGCUGGUACGAUUGGUUUAGAUGGUAAAUGGUAUGGUAGACCAAAAGAUCCCGAUCGAUUAACUGUCACACUAGAACAGAAAACUUACGAGAAGUCAAUACUGGGAAAAUCAUGUUGUGAUCACGAAAAGAUGGACAUUGAAAUUUCUGAAAUGGAAGUGUUUCAGAUAGUUAGAAAAUCACAAUAUUAG